CAGGUCAGUCUUCGAUAGUCACGUGACUGCCGAGCCUGCCCCUUUGUUAGCUGGGUUUCUUAUUAGCGCCAUUUUCUCUGCACACUCUGAUGAUUGGGUUUUUGAGAUCUACGCUGGAGCCAAUCAGAGGAUAACCGGACAGCCGAGAAACGGUAGAGGAAAAUCCUGAAGUGUAGUGACAUGGAGCAAUACACUGCCACCACCAGCAAUGGGGAGCAGAUCGUGGUGCAGGCAGCGAAUGGACAGCUUCAGCAGCAGGUACAAGCCCAGCCCCUGAUGGUGCAGGUGAGUGGUGGGCAGCUCAUCACCUCCUCAGGCCAGCCCAUCAUGGUGCAGGCCAUGCCAGGGGGUCAGGGCCAGACCAUCAUGCAAGUCCCAGUGUCUGGAGCACAGCAGCUACAGCAGAUCCAGCUGGUGCAGCCGGGGCAGAUCCAGCUGCAGGGAGGGCAGACACUCCAGCUGCAGGGGCAGCAAGGUCAAGCUCAGCAGAUCAUCAUCCAACAGCCACAGGCUGCCAUCACCGCCGGCCAGAACCAGAUGAUCUCAUAUCUUGCUAAGGGACAGCAGAUCACUGUGCAGGGGCAGCAGGUGGGACAGACAGCCGACGGCCAAACCAUCGUUUAUCAGCCUGUCAAUGCAGAUGGGACAGUCCUGCAGCAAGGGAUGAUCACCAUCCCAGCAGGAUCGCUCGCUGGCACUCAGAUUGUGCAGGCAGGGGGCGCCAACACCACUACCACUAAUAGUGGUCAAGGCACAGUCACAGUAACCCUGCCACACAACAUGGUCAAUGCGGGGGGGAUGGUCAUGGUAAGACCCUCCAAUGAGAUGGUACCUGGUGGUGGCACUGUGCCAGCUAUCCAGAGAAUUCCCCUACCAGGAGCAGAGAUGCUGGAAGAGGAGCCUCUCUACGUCAAUGCCAAGCAGUACCACCGCAUUCUCAAGCGGCGGCAGGCCCGUGCCAAGCUGGAGGCCGAGGGCAAGAUCCCGAAGGAGCGGCGGAAGUAUCUUCACGAGUCACGCCACCGCCACGCCAUGCAGCGCAAGCGCGGUGAUGGCGGGCGAUUCUUUUCGCCCAAGGACAAGGAGGAGAUGGCCCUGGCCGCCUUGCAGGAACAGCAAGAGGCCGCUGCCGCGGGAGAUGAGACUGUGGCCCAGAUGAUCCGUGUCUCAUAGGGAACCGUCCCUCACCACGGUCCCGGGUGUCUGCGAGUCUCCCGCUACCCUGACAACCCCUCUCCCUCCCCCUCCCCCUCCCCAAGCAUUCAAACAACUGAGCAUCACUGCCACCCAGCCAACCAACUUCUUGCUGAUCUGGCUAUCUCCAUUAUCUUUAGUACGUAUCAACAAGUCCGGCGUCUGCAUGUCAGUGGUCUUCCUGAAGUGGUGUGGCUGUUACUCUCUCGGAAGGGGAUGUUUCUCAGGCCCACUAUGUCAGCGGUGGAGAGAUCCCACCUCAGGCCAUCUCGCCUAAAAAGAGAAAUUUGAGUUCUAGAAGGUUUAAGAUGACCUCUACAAACUAGAUCACAUGCUGUGUGACCUGUUAAGAUCGGUUUCUAAUUGAAUUAGAACAGCUACAGCCUUUCAUUUGAUGACAUACAGUAGGUUGCCUUUUCAUGAUGUCCUCUGUAGACGCAUUUGAUUUGUAGCAUGUAAAAAAUUUUAAAAAAAAUUCACUAACAUGACAAGAAAAAAAAAAAAACAUUAUUUAGGUUGUCCCACACUGCUCCCUGAAGCAAUGUCAAAUACCAUUUAACAGGGGGACCCUGCUUUUUUUCAUGUACUAACUUCAAAUAGUCCUUCCUGGCCCUCAUCCUGCUUUGUACAGAUCUUGUUAGUCAUGGACAUAACGGAGGUGGGAGGGUGCCUCUCGGGAGGCAGGUUCAGUCCCUCAUGGGGAGCCUCAAGGUCAGGCUCUCAGCCAGUGUGAACACUAUUUCCUAAAGCAGGAAAGACUUUUACACGAAUAUUUUGAUUACAAUUGUAGAUGUGUAGGAUAUUAAGAGUGUUUUUGUUUUAUGUGUCAUGUGUCUAACACCCCCAAAACAUGUGGCACUACGUGUCUUUCAUGUUCUCUUAAAGUUGCAGUUUUUUUUAUACUUAUUUUGCAGGGCAUCUUUAAAAAAAAAAUAUGGAUGAGGGCAAAGGAAUUGAUGCACAUUUGGUAGAAUUAUGUUUUAUGCUGUCUUUAUAUAAUAUAUUUUGAUUAAAUGUCAUGUAUUCAUGAAAA